AUGAAUCUCUUCUCUAAAGCAGAUUUAUUUUCCUAACCCUUCAAUUUUUACAUAGGAAAUUAAUAAACUAAGAAAGGAACUUUUUAAGGAGCUCUAAUCUCAUUAGUAAUCCUAACAGUAGUGAUUAGCUACUUUAUUUAUCUUGUCUUAUAAUACUUUAAUAAUAAGAUUGAUCCAAAAUUUAGAUCAUAAAUGUUUACUACGGAUGAAACUACUGAAAUCACCCUCAAUAAUGAUUUGUUUGCAUUUAAGUUCUAAUACGCUUCCUAAACUAGCUUAGACUAAUAUUAAUAGCAAAUGAACAAGACUUACAUCGUUCCCAUUGCUUUCUUUAUCUAUUCAUCUGCUGAUAUAUAUUUUCAAACUAUAUUAAACAUAACUGAAUGUAAAGAUCCUCAACUUUAAGGCUAUAGCUGUGUAGAUUUUUCAGGAAUAAGCAAUUAUACAUUAAUUUAAAGUGUUAGAAAUAAUGUUCGAUCUUAGUUUUAACUUUUUUACUUCCCUUGCUCAUUUAUAGAUGAUUUUAAAACAACUGCUCCUAAUAACUGUGCUAAUCAAACUGAAAUAGAAGAUUUUGUUAAUGAAGCGAGUGCUGGUUUGAAUUUGAAGUUACAAACACAUCAGUUCAAUAUUAGUUCUUAACAAAACUAGGUCAAUUAUAUGAGAAAAUUUAUUUUCACUGAAUCUGAUUAAUACAUUUUAAGUCGAGUAAGUGCAUAGCAGCAAAUAACAAAAGUAAGUUAAGGACUUAUUAUUCAAUCAGAAAAUGAAUACUCUGGUCCAAUCAAUUAUAACUCUUAAAACAGUGUUUUUAGUAACAACUUUGAUUCUCCUUACUUGCAAGUUAUUUUUGAAAUGGAUUAAAUAGUUUAAAUUAUUUCUAUUUAAUUUCCUAUUAUCCCAGAUAUUUUAGCCUUAGCAAACAGCGCCUUUGCUUUGUUUCUUAGUUUAGGCUUUAUUUUUAGAAUGAUUUCUUAAAGGGGUAUAUUUCAAGAUUUUUUGCACAUAUUUUUAUAAAAUGUGUACUAAGACACUUAUGAAAUAAUGCUUAAAGCUAAUAAAGUUUGUUAAAAUGAGUUAUAAAUCAAUAAAACACCAGAUUAGGUGCUAGAAAAAGCAAAUGAAGAAGAAGUUUAAGAAAAAGAGAUUAUUGAUACCAUUUUUAUACCAAAUUUUUCUUCAAAAUUUAGAUCUAUAUUAGAAUAAAGUCCUUCAUACAAAUAGAAUACUUAAGAUGCAAAUUAUUAAAAAGAUGAAAUUAUUGAGACAAGUGAAUUAAACUAAGCUGCGCAAGCUUUUGAUAAUUCAUAGGACAAUCAAUAUUUAGUUAAUGAUUAAUAAGUAAAAUAAUUAUCAAGUCCAAAUAACGCAUCUCUCUCCUAAAGUUCAAAUUAAUAAAUUAUUUUCUAGAAUUCAAACAAUCCAACUAAUAAUUCUCAAAAUCAUUAAAAUUUAAAUUAAAUUAAUCUAAAAUUUAAAAAUAAUAACUUAAAAAAUAACUGUUUAUAUUAAAAGACAAAAGAAAAGUAAGUGAUUAAUUUAGAAUGCUUUAUAAAUAAGUUGAGAAUGAUUAAGGAUCACUAGUUUCUUUCAGAAAAUUAAAAAAAUAAAAGACAUAUGGAAACAAUGGAGAAGUAAAUAGAAAACCAAAUAUUAAGAAGAUUAAACUCCAAAAUACAAAAGAUUAAUUGA